AUGUAUGCCUGUGCUAAAUUCGUCUCAACGCCCUCUCUGGUCCGUGCUGGAUCUCGGGCUCUCUACAGGCCACUGUCAGCAGCUGUCGUGUCAGAUGCUAAGAGAGUAGAGACUGCUGCACUCCUCCCACCACAUGGGCAGGUGGUGCUGCGUGGAUUUCAGACCAGCGCAGUGAGCCGUGACAUCGACACUGCUGCCAAGUUCAUUGGAGCUGGAGCUGCCACUGUCGGAGUCGCUGGAUCUGGAGCUGGUAUUGGGACGGUGUUCGGUAGCCUCAUCAUUGGCUAUGCCAGGAACCCUUCUCUGAAGCAACAGCUGUUCUCCUACGCCAUUUUGGGGUUCGCUUUAUCCGAGGCUAUGGGUCUUUUCUGUUUGAUGGUUGCGUUCCUCAUUCUGUUUGCCAUGUAA